AUGAACAAAAGAAAGAGACCGAAAUUACAACCGCAGCGUCCCUCCCCUGGCCAAGUCCGCCACCGCCUCACAGAACCUCUCGAGGAGCAGCUGCGCCCUCGAGGAAGAGAGCCGGUCUCUGGGGCCCUGGAUAUUUAUCGUGAGGAAGUCCGGCCCCGGGGUAGUGACCACAUUGAGACGCGGCAUGACGCCGUAGUCGACGUGUCGGCAGAGACACUCAACUCCCGCGAGUGGGAGACUGGGGGGCAGUCUCGCUCUCCGGUCAGUCGCGUCAAGACGAGGGCCCAGGCAGCCGAGGCCAGCAAGGCCAGCGUGAUGCCCAGCGGCGGAGCGGGGAGCGGAAUGUCCCGCCGCGCUUUGAUCAGGCCGCCCAGCGUCUCCGUCUCCGCCUCCGCCUCCGCCUCCACCUCCGCACCGCGGGAACCCAAGUCCAGCUCCAGGUCCAGCUCCGGAAGCUCCAGCAUCUGA